AUGAAGGUUGGUCUCGGAAAAAAUAAAUGUGGUUAUUGUUGGGGUGGUCACAGUAAAAAGACAUUCCCUAGAUUGGUAGAAGCUAGAAAGGCUGGGAUCCCAUUGUCAACAAUCAAGGCAAAGGCACCAGUUGAUCCGCCUCAGCCAAAAAAGAAAGGCAGGCCUCCAAAGGCUACAAAUACUACUAGCAAUGUCGAACCAACCAUUGGUCAAAAGAAGAGGAGGGGGUUUACGGUUUUGUUUGAGAACAGUGAUGCUUUUCCCAGUUUGAUGAUGACUGUGUUGGUGUUACAGCUGCAAGAAAUAAGAGAAGCACAGGAAAACAUGGCUGCAGGAGGCCCACAUGCUGAAAUACCGCCACUUUUGUAA